AUCAUCAGCUGCCACCUGAUUGGGUGGUUCUCUGACAGAGCGUGACGUAGCAGCUGCCAGCGUGGAACGCACGUCGCUCUCCAAUCAGGAAGUAAACUGUCCGGUCCGGGUCUGCAUAAUACAGACAGAAGUCCGAGCGGUGAAUACGUGUCGAAGUCUCCAUUUCAGCUCGCUUUCCCGAACACCUCCGAAGGGACACAGCUGUAGGCCCCUGCCGCUGAGUGUCCGUCCCUCUCGCCCCCCAGCAGAGGCUGCCGGGCUCCGCACUGAAGCUAACACACACACACACACACACACACUGAUACACACUUUAGAUGAUGGUGGACUCCACGUUUGCUCUGGUGGGGAAGAACCUUAGUGAAGCCAUGAGGAUCCUCGGGGACGGCCAGAGAGAGACGGAGGCAGGACCAGAGAGGUGGCGCUUCAGAGCCUGCAUCCCUGGACCCCUGCAGGGAGAGGGUCAGGAUGUUGCCACUGUGCUGCACCUAGUUCACAACCUCCUUCAUGAUGAGGAUGAGGACAAGCCAAGCCAACCCAGGAUGCAGAAUGUUGGGGAACAGGGUCAUAUGGCUCUGCUGGGUCACAGCCUGGCCGCCUACAUCUCUGUGCUGGACAGAGAGAGACUGAGGAAGCUGACCACCCGGAUCCUGUCCGACACCACGCUGUGGCUCUGCAGACUCUUCAGCUAUGAGAACGGCUCCGCCUACUUCCACGAGGAUGACAGGGACGGCCUGGUGAAAGUGUGUCGGCUGGUCAUCAACGCCCGCUAUGAAGAGUAUUCCUCUGAGGGAUAUGCAGUGCUCUGCUCCAAACAGCCAGUCAUCUACCAGAGCGCCUCCGGGAGGCCCGGCCUGGGCCAGCAUCUGUGCAGCCAGCUGGGCCUGCCUCUCUCCAGCCUUUGCACAGUCCCAUGUAAUACCAUCUUUGGAUCCCAGCACCAAAUGGAUGUGGCCUUGUUGGACAAACUGAUCAAAGAGGACGUAGAAGCCGGGAAGCUUCCUCUGCUGCUGAUCGCCAACGCAGGUACUCCGGGGGCAGGACAUACAGACAAGCUGUCCCGACUGAGAGACCUGUGUGAUCAGCACAGCAUGUGGCUGCAUGUGGAGGGGGUCAACCUGGCAACGCUGGCUCUGGGUCAGGCCUCCUCUGCCAUCAUGGCAGCCACCAGGAGUGACAGUAUGACUCUGACCCCAGGUCAGUGGCUGGGCCUGCCUGCUGUCACUGCUGUCACCCUCUACAGACAUGAGGACCCAGCCAUGUCUCUGGCAGCAGGCCUGACUUCCAGCCAGCCGGUGGCCAGGCUGCGGGCGCUGCCCCUCUGGCUCUCCCUGCAGCACCUCGGACACGAUGGGAUCGUCCACAAGAUCAGACACGCCACUGCUCUGAGCCAGCACCUCCUGCAGAGGCUCAAAGCUCUGACCUCCAUCAAAACAUCGGUGGAGGACGAACUCAGCUCUCCUGUGGUGCUAUUCAAGUUUUCACAGGACAUGAGUGCUGCAUCCAGUGGGGGUUCAGUGGAAGGUUUCUGUGCGGGGGAGAAGGAGGUGCUCGAUGCCUUCAACAGAUGGUUAGGAGAACAGCUGGUUCAGUGGGUCCCCUCCAGUGGAGUAGAUGUGGUGGAGCUGGAGGAUGAGGGCACAUGUGUUCGCUUCAGCCCCCUCCUGACUGCUGCAGUCCUGGGCACGCAGCAGGAGAACACAGAGGAGCUGGUGGAGAAGCUGUCGGAGCUGGUGCCUUCCAUGUGCUCCACCAUGAGCCUCAGACAGGACUUCAGAGAGGAGGUCCACCGACACUCGCCCUCGCUCACGUACCGAGAGCAGCUGAGCUGGCCUGGCCUCGGCGCUGUCUGGUACGAGCCUCAGGCUGAGGGGAUGGAUGAGAGCAGGAGGGAGGAGGAGCUGCAGAAGAUCAACAGUGAGCUGCUGAACAAACUUCAAGAACUGGACUCUGACAUCAUCUUUUCCACUGGCCCUGAGUUUGGGACAGAGGAGGAAUGUAUCUUUGUUGGCAUGGUGACCGAGGACGUGGAUGUUUCAGAGUUGGUGGACACAGUAGCUGCCCUCGGGAGGGACAUAGAGGAGAGCGGAAGGCUGCUGGAGAACAUGACGGAGGUGGUGAGGAAGGGCAUCCUGGAGGCGGAACUGCAGCUGCAGAAGGCCAACGAGGAGAAACUCAUGGAAGAGGGGGCUCUGAGACAGCUGCCUCUGGUGGGCUCCGUGUUAAACUGGUUCUCUCCAUCCAAGAGUUCCAUAAAGGGCCGCACCUUCAACCUGGCUGCAGGUUCCCUGGACUCCACAGAGGGGACUUACUCAAGCAAGGCUCAGGCGGGCAGACAGUCCCAGCAGGAGACCCCCACCUCCUCCUCAAAGAAACAUCCAGGUCAGAGGUUAUUCCGGCGCUCAGGGGGGGGCUCUGACUCCUUCAGUGAAACCAGCUCCAUCGGACAAGCUGAGGAGACACCAAGGGAGGGGAGCAGCUCUCCGAGCGUCCCCCCACCCUCCUCUCCCCCUGAGGAGGACUCACACUCUGCCGCUGAUGCUGUGGCAGAGGAAACCCAGGAGCCUGCUGUGGAGGAGCACCCACACAUGGAGGUGGAGGAAGAGGAGGAAGAAGAGGAGGAGAGGCAGCCUGAAGGCCAGGAGGCAGAGCAGAGCGGGAGAUAGGUGUGUCCUCCAGCCGUCCUCUGAAUGCUACCAGCCUAAGAGAGGUGUUCUUAUGUUGUGAAUCCAACUCUUCCAGUAGUGUGGGGAUGCUGAUGGAGCUGUUUGGUCUGUUUGUCAAAGGGGACAUCCACCCCUGAUCUCUUCCGAGUGCAUUCUAGUUUUUAGUCAUUCCAUAUUUUACCUGCUGCAGCAUUCUGAGGAAUUAGUUUCCUAUCAUUUUCAGAAUGCCUUUUAACCACUUAGUCUAAUUGCCAGCAGUGAGAACCCUGACACGUUGAUUACCCCAAAGUUAAAUGUAUAGUAGGGUCCCCAGCACAUAGAAACGGCUGGAUGCUAACUUGCAUAUGUUGGGCAAUGUGCAUAAUUAUUACAAGUUGCAUUAAUUAACAUUAUUAGGCAUAUGCAUUAUUGAGGAUUAUUGAGGAAGCUGAGUUCAUUUUCUGAAAUGUUCAGGAUCAACAAUGGCAGUUUUGAGUCCCCUAAAACUUUAAAAUUGACUCAAAAUUCAUCAAAAUCAGCCCACCUGGAGUAUAAAUAUGGCCACUAUCUUUACCAUUUUGUAUCCUGAAAAUGGCAGAAAUGCAUUCAGCAUCCUCAAUUACUCCCAAAACCACUCCAAAAUGGUUCCAUAUGCCAAUUAAUGCAACUUGUGCUAAUUGUGCUAAUUGACCAACAUAUGCAGGUUAGCAUCCGGCAGUUUCUGGAAAACUCUACAUUUUUAUCAUAAAGCUUUGGGGUACUAAACAUUCCCGGGUUCACUGUGGACUCUGAGCUCGCAACUAGACUUACUCCCAUAAGUGAACAUGAGAUGAAUCAUUAGCUUUCUUUCAUACAAAAACAUGAAUUAUUAUACCCCUAGUGAAAUUAGCACCCCUGCCUCAUCUCUGCAGGGUCUCCCCAUUAUUCCAGCUGCACAUUGAUGUUUAAGGAUGUGAAACAAGAGUACACUAAACAGCAGAGAAGUGUUUAGGGGGAUCUUUCCCUUUCAGAGGGCCGUGCUGCCCAGCGGUGAGUUUUACACCCUGAUCUCAUCAGAGCAGCGGAGUUACCACUGUAAAUAUUCUACACAGAAGUUAUAUAUUUAACCCAGGAAAUUACUUACUAUAAUUAUUUAUAAGUAUAGUGAUCUAUUUAAUAAAAAAAUGACCUGCUGAUAGUAGCUGUAGCCUGCUCUCCCGCUUCAAACACUCCCUUCAUGUUUGCACUGAAAUACAUCUCAAUAAGGAUAAAGUCACAAUGCCAUGAACAUAACGUUUUAAUAUCCUGAGGAAAAGUCAGAGUAUUACAAAAACAAAUAUGUGAUUGUACGAUUACAAAAUAAUUUAACAUAUUAAGAAGGAAAUAAAGUACAGGGUUAAGAAUGUGAUAAAAGGCAUAUUAUGAGACAAUAUUGAAAGUGGUAACUUCACAAGAAAAAAAAGUUAUGAUUUUAUAGCAAUAAAGACACAUUUGUUAGAACGAUUUACACAGAGGAGUAAUGAAAAUACUUUUUAUCGUGGUACACUUUAAAUGUAUUUUCAGAAUAUUAAGACUUUGUUCCCAUGAUAUAAUGACUUCUUUAGUAUAUCAAUUAUUUUUUGAUUUUGUGACUUUUGCUGAAUUAAUAUGAAUUAACUGUAAUAAUCUCAAGGUUGUGCACUAACAGUGGCCCUAUAAACUGCGGCCACAGCUUUGUGGAUCAAAAUCAAAUGCCCUUUGAAAUUGCACAUGCAACCAGGUCAGAGUAAUGUUUUUUAAUUUAUAUCUAAAUGUAUUAUUGUUUGUGUCGAUUAUGGAACCUCAGCAACGUCCUCUCACAGGUUUAUUUCCUGUAAAGAUAAUUAUUUUUCGCCUAAAACAUCCUGCCAGACCUGGGUCAAAGUCCUUCGUGUCCAGGGUUAGCAUUUAAACCUUUUCCAGUGCCAUAUCAAAGGGCCAAAGGUUUUUAUUGUUUAUUUGUUCUUUAGUUUGACCGUUCUGCUGGGCUUGGAGACACUAACGUCUCGUCUUUUGCACUAGUCCCUUUGACGUCUUUCGGUAUAAAUCAUCACAGAUAACAUGCUGAUGAUGUUUUCAUUUUUUUGGGUAGAUCCUAAAGGACGGGUCAGCUAUCAGUCGAUUGUGAGAGAGAUGUGGUGAAAUCUGUGGCUGGCAAUUCAAACUGUAGACUUCUCUGUGAGAACCAAAGACAACCUGCUUCAAAAACUCUUACAGGGUCAGAAAUGUACAAGCAAACUCUCAAUGUGAGUGCUGCUACAACCAACUAUUAACACCAUGGUGUGACACAGGACAGACUGCCCACAGGACAUUAUAACUAAUCGUAGGCCAGUGAAUGAAUGAAGACAACUGGAAACGCUGCCGGCGGGCAGUUUUUCCAAUGAAAGUUGCUCAGUGGUGGAUGAAGCCGAAGUGUCCUGACUUUAAUUGCAAAUGUACCUGGAUCAUCACUAGCUCUUCCGCUGAUCUUCCAUUGGGUGCAUAGAGCAUUUUAAAUUGCAUAGUUUUGAAACCCCGCCUCCCAGCCUCAAGCCCCGCCUCCAACAUCCCGCCCACUCUCUGCUCAGUCUAAUGAAUUGAGAGGGAAAAUAACUAUGGAUUCGGCUUUUAAUGCUUUUUAAACAUUAGGGACCUUUGCUUUUCAUUGUUCAUCGUGGGUAGUAGAUUUAGCUCAAAAGAGAUAUCUGCUGAUUUACAGACACCUCUUUCCCAAUGUUAGUCAGUUGGAAAAAGUUUGUUUGGGCAGAAUGACGUCACAAACCAACAUGAAAGUGUAGUACCCCCGUUUGGCAACUUCAAGAAUUAGCUUGGUGUAGGGGCCUUAAUGUAUCACCAAUGGGUUUAGACAUUGCUUUGGACAUGAAAAUAUGGGGAAAUAUGGGAAGUGUGUAUGACGUCACACUUAACAUGAUAGCAACUUGUCUGAACCACCAGACUGUCGCCUGAUAUCCACUUUUGAUGCAACAGGGAUAUUAAGCGUUUUGGGAUUUAAUGAAGGUGAAUGAGCCUUUAUGGGUUUGGCAGAAUGGUUUAGAAUGUCUCUCAUGAAGGUGUCAACAUUGAAAAAAAUUUUUUGAAAUGUUUACUGUAAAGAGUUGUAAAAUGUGGAUUGAAUACAGGUUUAUGAGGGAAUUAACACAGUGAGGAUAACUAUUGCAAAAAUAAUCUCAGCGUAAUUGUACUUGUUCUGUAGAUAAUUGAUUUAUUACUGUUCUUUAUUUAAUUAACAACCUGGUGUAAAUGAAGCAGAAUGUUGUUUAUUUUUAUGUGAAUAUAAUGCAAAGCCAAAUCAAUACAACUUUUGAUUUGAUACAGUGAAAUGUCCUGAACCGUCCUCUAUCACUGUCUGAGUUAUUGAUUACAUUUGUUUAACAGAACAUUUUAUAUCUUUACUCUAAAAUGCACAAACGCUUUGACAUUUUGGAUAAAGUCUGUCUCUCAACAGAAUACAUUCAAAGUGUUCUAGCCCUAACAUGAGGCCACAGCUGUCUGUGGUUCAGUUAGAUUUGUCAAAUCAGCUCUGCUUAUGUUUUUGAUUCUUCCUCUGUAAUGAUGGGAAUUGGUUAUUCAGUGCAGCUAGCAUCUUGGUGGUUCAGUUGAGCAGUACAUUCUUUAAGUCUGUAUUUUUACAUGAGACAUAGAUUUCUGGCAGGUGUAGCAAUAAACAAAUGGUAACAAGAUAAACAAAAACAAUGCCAAGUAUUCAAAUCAAAAAGGACAUUUAUGAAAAAAAAAGAAAAUUACAAUAUGGAAAUGUUCUGUCUAAAUGCGAUUUAAGGCUUUGUAACAGAAUUUGACAAAUGACAAGAAAAAAGAGUUGAUACUUAAGUGUAACUAUAAAGAGGCUAGUAGAAAUUAAUUUGAGUAAUCUGUAGAAUGUGAAAAACUAAAACUCUCUUUGUUUGAGGCAUGUUGGACUGAAAUUAAAUCUACAUUUGUCACUUUCUUGCAAACUGCAGCCUUGACAACUGCAACAAAAUAAUAAAAAAAACAGCAGUCUCACCAGUAAAUAAUAGAAGGAGAAUAAGAGUUUUGAAUAUCAAUGGUUUAGGCUCUACUUAAUUUGCAUUGUGUUUUUUAUUUAUUUGAAAAUACAUUAAAAUGAUUCAUUAAUAUUAUUUGUGAUUUGCAAAACAGUAUCUGUUCUCACCUCCAAUAUUAUAUUAUGUUGUGGCAGUAAUAAUUACUUCAUUUAAUAUUGUCAGAACUGUUAAGUAAUUAUUUGUUCACUGUAAUGCCUACAUUCUGAGAUUGUUGUAAGCAACACAAUGUGUUUCAGUUAAUUUAACAGAAAUAAUCCCAGAGGACUUUUUGUAUGGGAAAAGGUGUGUAUCAUAUUUGUGGGGAUUGAUGAGGACAUUCAACCAAUAUACUAUGUUGAUUUAUUUAGAUGUAUUCGGUUUAGUUUGUAUGUAUGAUUACAAAGCUGUGAUACGCCUAAUGUGCCCAAAGAUGAAAUACAUUAAUGUGUGAAAUGAAAGGAAAUAAAAGGGAUUGAAUUUAGAUAAUUAACAGUUUUUUAUAUUUUUGUGUUGAAAAGCCUCUCAUUUUUAUUAAAUCACAAGCUCUGUAAA